UUCUCUUCUGUUUAGAAAAGUAAUAAAACACUUCACUUUCUCCACCCGAAAUCACUUGGUACUCACCAGAUCCCUCCAAAACAGCUCCCUAGGACUUCUACAGGUCACCCCUCCAAACCCCAGCCCCCUUUGCAUUUGCAACCAUCCCAGAAAUUUUAAGGGUCUGAGAUAAGGAUUAUUAUAACACUAGAACAAUGAAUAUACUUUUGGUGAAUUGAACCUACCAAGAAAGUCUUCUUCUUUAUCUCCUUCUCAUUCCCACACCUUGAAGUUCUAUUACUUUUAAUGUAGUCUCAAUCUACACUGAAGUAUUUUUUAAGAUACUAUCCAAUCUAAACACAAACACACGAGGGGGGAGGAGUCUCUCUGUGUUUGUGUGUGUUAUCUAACUCCCAUUAAAAGAGAAAGAAAAAUAUCUACCUUCUAUCAGUUCGGAUUGAUUGUGCAUGGAAACACACACACACACACACACACAGAAUGACUUUGAAAACUAGUGAUAUUAAUUGCUUGCAGUUACCAUGAGCUUCACUGAGCUCUGCUUGUCUGCCUGUCUCUGUUUAUCUACUGACCUACCAACCUACCUACACGUACAGACACAUUAGUUGCAUUGUUAUGUAUAUCUCUAAGUGUGUGUGUGUGUGUGUAGUGGGGUAAUGUUUGGGCCCUUUUUUUUCCUCUCCCAUUCUCCUAGUGGUUGUACCUCUCUGUCUAUGGACUAUCCGGUAUAAUGUGCUAAAUAGCUGGGAAGCCUCAGGAAAGCAAAUACUAUUUUCAAAAUCGGCAUGCUAGUAAAUUUGUCAUGUGUACCAGCCUUAAAUGUGUACACGUUUGGAUGAGAACUGCUGUAGGAUGGAAAAGCCAUGUCCAUUUAGUAGGGAGAGAUGCAGGAUAGAAGCUUAAUAACAAGCUACACACUCUCUUGCUUUCUUUAUAUACUCCCUGAUUUUUUAAAAGAAACUUUUAUAUUUUUUUCAUACUGACACUCAAGGAACGCUUAACGUUAUACAAGAUGAAUACUUCAGUCCUCUUUUUGUCAGUUGCAGUCUCGUUUAUGGUUUUAUUACUACCAUUGAUUACUUUGCUUUGUUGCACAGAGGAAAAAGAUCAUAAAAUCCUUUGGCAUCCGGGUUCCACUUAGAGCAGGGGUGUGUGUGUGUAGGGGGGGGGUAUGUGCUCCCCUUCUUUCUCAACUAAAACCUUCACCCAAAAGAGGAAUGUUAGAAGUAUUGAUUCAUUACGACCAAACACAAUGAGAAAUAUUCCAAGCUUUCCAGAAAAUCGACUGGUUCUAGCUUUAAAACCACUAAACAAAAGCUUCCUAACAUGCCCAUGGAAAUAAGCCCAAUGUUUCCUAGUCCUAAUUGAAUUUUUAAAUAGCAAGCCAAUGGAAUGAUGUAGGAGUCUUGCUAUAUUUACAGAUCAGCAGGUAUAUUUUACUUUUAAGGAACAAUUUAUGGCACUGGAUUGAAAUUAAAAUUAGAUUAGCUGUCUUCAUUUCAAUUAGUGUGUCGGUGCAAAUCCACCAGAGGAGUAGAAUGUAAUCCACUCUCUAAUCUAACUAAAUAUUUCAAGGGAAGUUUUCCAAUCAGCUACAAAUAUCUGGAGUCGUAAAUUUUUUCAUUCCUUUCUCUACCUCUUUCUGUUUUUGCAAACAUAAACACGAGGGGCUCCUUCUAGCAAACACCAUUCCAAAUGCAAAGGUAAUGCUUUGGGGGAUGUUGAUAUUGCAAAUGUAAACAUUGCCAUAGCAGACUCCAGCUCUGAAAAAUGACAAAGCAAAUAUUCAAUAGAGAAACAUACAAAUGUGCUUCUUCUUCUUUUUGAUUCUAACCUGGACUCUGAAUUUUGAUUAUAUAUACAAAUAUAGCAGCAACCCACCACCCUGGAAAGUUCUUCAAAUUCCAGAGUACAGGAAUGCUCUAAAAGAUACAGUAUCUGCCCAGCUGUCACCUGGUCUCCUCUCCCUGCUUUCAAGAUUGUAUUAUAAAGAGCACAAGCACUUGAUUCCACAUUUAUUGACCAACAGUAAAUUAGUGGAGGAAAAGAAAAUUUAUGGUUUAAUAUUUUAUGCACACUUGAGAUUUAUGACUAUAAUUUCUGAGCUAUUUGGUUGCUAGGUAUUAAGGAAGCAUUUCCAAUAGAAUAAAUAUCUUGAUUCCUGAUCUCCAUAACCAUUUGCCUUUUCUUUCUUAAAAAAAAAUCAACUAAAGCUCUAUUUGGCUUGUGAAAUUUAAAAAAGAAGUCUCUUUCUUUCUUUCUUUCUUUCUUUCUUUCUUUCUUUCUUUCUUUCUUUCUUUCUUUCUUUCUUUCUUUCUUUCUUUCUGUGCCCCUCCCUCUUCAACCCUCUCCCAUUCCCUCCCCCGAACCAUACUUACUAUUUCCCCCCUCUUCUUCCAAACCAUCUUAUAUUUAGAAUUUCGAGACUUACUUUCAAUGCAUACUUAGUUUCAACUGGGGAAUCAACACAAGCAAAAGCAAUUUUUCCGUGUCUUGACAUCUAGCUUCCUAUUGGCUCACAACGGGUCAGCUGACUUUGUCAUUUUGUCUGUCCUGGAGUGGAGCCGUCCCUAUAACAAUCUAGUUCAGACUACAAACUGGAGACAGAAAUAAAUAUUAAAGAAAUCAUACAAGCCAGGUAUAGGGGGGAAGAUAUGAAUUCCUAUUUCACAAACCCGUCGUUGUCUUGCCACCUCACCAGUGGUCAAGAGGUCCUGCCCAACGUGGCGAUCAAUUCCUCUGCUUAUGACCCUGUAAGGCAUUUUUCAACUUAUGGAGCAGCGGUUGCUCAAAACAGGAUCUAUUCAUCUCCUUUUUAUUCACCGCAAGAUAAUGUUGUGUUUAGCUCCAGUCGGGGACCAUAUGAUUACGGAUCUAAUGCCUUUUAUCAAGAAAAAGACAUGCUCUCUAGCUGCAGGCAAAAUUCUAUGGGACACAAUACACAAACUUCCAUUGCACAGGAUUUUACAAGUGACCAAAACAGGAGCACAUCCCAGGAACAGAAAACUAGCAUUCAAAUAUACCCGUGGAUGCAGCGCAUGAACUCCCACAGUGGGGUCGGCUAUGGAGCAGAUCGGAGGAGGGGGCGUCAGAUCUACUCGCGUUACCAGACCCUGGAGCUGGAGAAGGAAUUCCAUUUCAAUCGCUACUUGACGCGGCGGAGGAGGAUUGAGAUAGCCAACGCUCUUUGCCUAACUGAACGCCAGAUCAAGAUCUGGUUUCAAAACAGGAGGAUGAAAUGGAAAAAAGAAAGCAAUUUGAGUUCCACCCUGUCUGGGGGAGGUGGCGCUGGAGCAGCUGCAGAUAGCUUGGGCGCAAAGGAGGAGAAAAGGGAAGAAACAGAAGAGGAGAAACCAAAGGAUUGAAAACACUGACGGUGCUGGCAGCUCCCCUCUCCCUUCCCCAACACACACACUCACACACACAUUCGCACACGGCCCCGCUUCCUCUUCUUUAUCGGUCUCUUUCUUUUUCGCCCCCCACUCCCAAUUUCUCCUUUCCAUUCUCUAUUACCACUGGCACAAUCUAUACAUUUGGUUGUAUGAGAGAGAGAGAGAGAGAGAGAUGUGGAGGUGGGAGAUCUCCCCUCCCCCAUUUCCUCCAUCUCUCCAGCAGUGAUUCACCCACUUUCAUAACUUUCUUCCUAAGGAGCUCAUCAAGCCCCCCCUCCAACUUCCCCCUCUGCCUUUGCAUCCGAGCCCAGUUAUCUACCUUUGCAUAAAGACUGUAUUUAAUGCAACCCCCUCCACCACUACUACCACCACCACCCGCCAUUCCUUCUCCUCUUCCCUCUUCCUGAAUAGUUUUGCUUGCAAAAAGGCAGAUCCCCCUGUAGGGGCUGCUUUGGGAUCAACCAUGUCAAAAAGGCACUCUAUGCAGCUUCGCUUCCAAAAUGAUGAUAAUUAUUGUGGUGGUGGUGGUGAUGUAAGUGGGGGGGGGAUUGAAUUGCCUACCCCUGUGAAAAUAUUUCCUUCCAUGCCCACCUUCUCCCACACCUCCAAGCUAUGUCUACCUAAAUAUAGCAUUUUCCAGAGUAAACUAAUUGUAUUUAAACACUACCUGAGGUCAUUAUGCAUUCUACAAACUGUGACAGUUUCUGUGUGAAUAUUUUUAGCUGUAUUUGUGGUCUCUGUAUUUAUAUUUAUGUUUAGUACUGUAAUGUUCAAGCAGUAUAAACGUGAAUGGAAUUCUAUAGCAAGUAGGAGGAAAUAAAUAAAUAAAUCUUGUGUUACACUCUCUAACAUCAUGUAUAAAGGUCACGUCCAGAGGACUAUGGUUGAGUAUUUAAUAAAAACUGGAUAUUAUUUUUAAAAGUUACUGAAUGGUUUCUGAAAUUCAAUUGGGGGAAGAUCUCAGGUGAAAGAAUUUUGCAUCAGCCACCACGGAUUCCGUGCGUGAGGAUGCUGCUCCAUUUUUAGAUGCCAGUAUUCAUGAUCGCCUGUCAGCACGACUCUCGGCAUAUUUAGUCGGAAGUAAACAGGAUGGUGGGCGCAUAUAAUUUACUUCCAGUUAGGCAUCCUUAAGUGUGUGUGUGUGUGUGUGUGUGUGUGUGUGUGUGUGUGUAUAUAUAUAAAAUGAGUAUCUAUAUCCCAUCUUGCUGCGUUUCAUUUCGCGCUUUCAUCCCCUGAAAACUGCAUGAAACCCCAACUCUGAGUGUUAAAAGCUCAGACAGAUUUUAUUCCCUAAUUCUCGAGGCCAAAUAAUUGCUUAAAAACAAAUGCAUUUAUUCAUUCAUUCAUUCAUUCUUAAAUUAAAGCUACCAGUGGAAACUAGACUCCCAGGGCGCCCCUCUCUAGAUAUAUUUAUUUCGAGGUAACAGAGUAAUGGGCAGAAAUAUUUUUAUUUUUUAUUGCAGACGCUUAGAAAGCAGCGAUUGACAAUAGCCUAGUUUGCAAUGAGCACAUCAACAUUACAUUGUGGCUUAGGCUCAGGAAUUGCCCUCUGCUUUUAUGUUUUAGCUCAGAGGCAUCUUUUCAACCAGGUACAAACGUUCAAGAAAGUAAUCCUGUCUUCUGGAGGCAUUCACUGCCUUGAGAACCUUUGCUACUCUUUGAACAUUGUGCACUAAACUAUCAGGGUCCGGUUAAACAAAAGAAAAUACCAGCAAACCCCCAACAAGACGAUUUCUUACCCCCGCUUGUGCGUAAAAUUUGGAAGGCUUUAAGAACAUCUCUCUUUAGAUAUGCCACAAAAGCCUAGCACAUGUAGUAAGUAGAGAGAUCAUAUUAAUUUCAAAUGCAAAUAUAUGCAACAUAGAGGAGGGGAAUGCAGGUAACAAUAUUUAAGAGAUUUGCUCCCGUAUUUCCAAAUGUCCCUCUGCCAUAAUUGAGCUAAACAUUAAAAUAAGUAUAAAACAUAAGCGAAGGGUAAUGUAAGGACUUUUAAAAGGGCCACUGAAAUUAAAAAGUUUAUGCUUUAUCUUAAAGCUGCCCCCCCCCCAAGAAGACCACGUAAAACUGAGGUGGUAAAAAGAUGAAAUAAUAUAUUUAUAACUCACAUAAGUAUUCCAAUGUUAUUUAUUUUAUCCUAUCCUUUAAACAAAUUUAAUAAGUGGGAAGGAAAAUCUUCUGUGUUUCCAACUGUUUCGCUAAACACCCCGGCGGAAGGGAAUAUAUUUCUCAAGAGAAACCCGCAGAUCCAGCCUCAUGCUUGCAAGCAGGGAUUUGCAGUGAGGAAGGGGAGCCUCUUGGCACAUACCUUCACCUGCCUGCUAUCCCCCUCUCCAAGCUUUUUAAAGAGGCUUCUCACGUGCCCACAGACAUACAGACAUACAGACACCAAAAAACAAGGUGAAUGUUUAUUCAUUCGCCCAAGGUACAAGGCUGAUUUAUGAGGAGGCUGCGUUGAUUCAUAACCUCCAGUGAACACACACACACACCAACUCCCAAAGAUACUGCACUCCACAUAUACAGAGAGAUAUACAAAGAACAGAAUAUUAACACAACGCAGAUUUCAAUUUGCUGCACACGCCUAGUAAUAAAAAACAGUUCCAUGCGACCAGUUAUAUAUGCAUCCAUGUCAACAAUGCAGGAGAUGUAUGCAUGUGUGCAUAAAGUAUACGAUCUGAGAAGCCGUACAGAGCACACUGACUUUACUUCCUGCAGCAUAUCCCACGUACACCUACAUAUGUAUUCUCUGAUGAACCGAGUAACGCUAACCAAGGGAAUUCGAAUCCAGGACUUUGUCUCCCUGGUUGCACUCAGUGCAGAUGCAAUCUCGAUUGCAUUAUUUGAGAAUAUGCGCCUGUCUACACUGAAUCAAGCGAACAGGCUCAUAUGAGGUUGCUGCGCGGGCGCGGGCGCGGACACACAUAUGCAUACAACACGGAAUAUCCGGCCUACACAGAAGGAAUUGUUUGUACACGAGGACGCGUCCCAAGGCCAUAUUUUACACCAUCCCACAUCAAGGGCCGAAAAUUUCCUAUGAAUCGCUGUGGACGGGAAAUUAGCUCUUGUCUUCCAUCCCAACGAAGGCUUAGGGGCUGUUUGUGCGUGUUGUUUCACACCCAUAAGCCUCGAGCGUUAGGGAAGGGUAGUAUUUUAUGAGACGUCAUACCCCAGACCCAGCACCAGGUGACGCUAUAGUCUCAUUGUCUCGGUGUUUUGAGUGUGGGGCCUUUUUUUUUUUUGUUUCGUUAUGCCAACAUAUCACAUACGUUUCUCGGGCUUC